AUGGUUUGGAAGCCUGAACCGGAUGUCUUUGUUUUCCAAGGUGUUUUCCGAGAAGAAAUCCAGGCUCUACUUUCGGAUGGCGCUGUUCCAACCAAACGAGAAGUUCUGCGCACUGUGAUGAGCAUCUUCGACCCCAUCGGACUGGUAGCCAUCUUCGUCAUCCACGGAAAAGUGCUUGUGCAGCAUAUCUGGCGCUCUGGACUUGGUUGGGAUGAACGCAUUGGUGACACACUGCUUGAGCAGUGGAAGCGAUGGGUCAAGUUACUCCAGCAGCUGAAUCAAGUCGAAAUCCCACGUUGCUACUUCCCAGGCUACUCUUCCGAAGGCUACAGAACCGCCGAGCUGCACAUUUUCGUAGACGCUUCCGAGGAAGCCUUUGCAGCCGUAGCAUAUUUCCGAAUCGUUGAAGGAACAAGAGUUCGAUGCUCGUUGGUGUCAGCGAAAACGAAGGUUGCCCCCCUGAAACUGCUGUCGAUUCCCAGGCUAGAGUUGUCAGCCGCCGUUCUCGGUGCCCGACUUUCGAAAUCCGUCAUUGAGAACCACACACUUCCAAUCAGUCGCAAAACGUUCUGGAGUGAUUCCUGCACCUUUCUCUCUUGGUUGCGGGCAGAUCCCAGGAAAUAUCGGCAAUUUGUCGCAUUCAGGUUGACAGAAAUCCACGAUCUCACGCAGGUCGAUGAAUGGCGCUGGGUGCCAUCGCGUAUGAAUGUCGCUGACGAGGCCACAAAGUGGGGCAAAGGUCCCGAUAUCACCUCCAGCAGUCGCUGGUUCCAAGCUCCAAAAUUUCUAUACGAGCAUCCGAAUUCGUGGCCACAGCAAACAACGAAAGAAGAGGAGUCUUCGGAAGAACUUCGUCCGAUUCAUCUUCACCUUGAAGUAGCCAGGGAAGAGCUGCUGCAGUACGAACGGUUUUCAAAAUGGGAGCGCCUGGUCCGUGCUGUAUCCUACGUACGCCGGUUCGUGGACAAUCUUCGUUGCAAGGCAAGAAAGCAAUCACCAAGCAACAUGGAAUGGUUAAAUCGGGGCGAAUUGCUGCGUGCGGAGACAACCGUCUUCAAACAAAUCCAGCACGAGGUUUUCGGGGACGAGCUUGUUAUUUUGAAGAAAAACCAAGAACUUCCCGCUGGUGAACAACAGAGACUUAAGAAAAUUAGCAAGAUCCUCAAACUUUCACCAUUUAUGGACGAGCAAGGUGUCAUACGGAUGGACGGCAGGAUUGCAGGUGCACAACAGGUGUCCUUCGAUUUCAAGUUCCCGGUCAUUCUUUCCAAAAGACAUGAGGGAACGAAGCUUCUUGUCGAUUGGUAUCAUCGGCAGCACAAGCACGGCAAUCCUGAAACUGCGGUCAACGAGAUGCGCCAGAAGUUUCAUGUGUCGGAAAUGAGAGUUGUUUUCAAGCAGGCCGGAAAACAGUGCCAGUGGUGCAAGAUUUACAGGGCAGCGCCGGAGAUCCCGAGAAUGGCUCCGCUUCCACAAGCAAGGACGGUGUCACAUGUGCGACCAUUCACCUAUGUCGGCGUUGACUACUUCGGGCCGAUGCUGGUUAAGCAGGGACGUAGCGAGGUAAAACGUUGGGUCGCGUUGUUCACCUGCUUGACCAUCCGCGCAGUGCAUCUUGAGGUGGUGCAUAACCUGACUACAGAGUCCUGCAAGAUGGCGGUAAGGCGAUUCGUCGCACGGAGGGGGGCCCCGAGGGAAAUUUUCAGCGAUCGGGGAACCAACUUCGUGGGUGCAAGCCGCGAUCUGAAGGAAGAGCUGAAGAGAAUCAACUGUAACCUCGCCAGUACGUUCACUAAUACGGAUACGCAGUGGCGUUUCAAUCCUCCAUCGACACCGCAUAUGGGGGGGUCUUGGGAACGCAUGGUCCGGUCGGUCAAAAGCGCACUGGCAUCAAUUUCCAUAGGGGGCAAGCCGGACGACGAAACCCUUCGCACGUUUUUAAUCGAGGCUGAAUCAAUAGUUAACUCGAGACCACUUACCUACCUGCCAAUCGAGUCCGAGGAGCAACAAGCACUUUCCCCUAAUUGCUUCCUGAUGCUUAGUACUAGCGGAGUAAAUCAGCCGGCAAGGGGUCCAAUCGUUGAAUGUUCGGGUGCGCGCUGCAACUGGGACCUAUGCAAACAACUGCUGGAUAGGUUCUGGAGUCGCUGGGUCAAGGAAUAUCUCCCUACGAUCACCAGGCGCACGAAAUGGUUCAGAGAUCACAAGCCCGUUGAAGUUGGAGAUUUGGUAGUAGUAGUCGAAGACCGUAUCCGGAAUGGGUGGCUGAGAGGACGUGUACUACGUGUGUUUCCGGGACGUGACGGGCGCGUACGGAAUGCUGAAGUGGAGACAGCCAAUGCAGGAGUGCUGGUUCGGUCAAUCGCCAAGCUGGCGGUUCUGAAGGUCGGUAGUACCGCUGAAGAUAACUUCGAGCAAUACGGGUCGGGGAUUGUUACGAACGGCGAGAAACCAGCACCCCGUUGCGAAAGGGUCACUCGAUCCACUCGCAGCAGAAAGCAGUGA